UGAUGUCUUCCUUCAAGACUCUUGGUCAAAGAAAAAGUGAUGUAUGAAAAAGAAGCCAAACAACAAGAAGAAAAGAUAGAAAAGAUGAAAGCAGAAGAUGGUGAAAAUUAUGCCAUUAAGAAACAGGCUGAGAUCCUGCAAGAGUCCCUCAUGAUGAUUCCAGACUGCCAGCGCAGGUUGGAAGCUGCACAUACUGACCUUCUGCAGAUACUAGAGAGUGAAAAAGACUUGGAAGAAGCCGAGGAAUAUAAAGAAGCACGAUCAGUACUAGAUUCAGUGAAAUUAGAAGCAUGAAGACUUUCUGUACAGGAUGUUUUUGUGAUUUUAUCCUAGAAUCCAUUCCAUAAUUCGUUAUUUUGACCACUGCUCUGUGUUCAAGUAGGAUGAGAAUCUAAUUAUCGAUAUUUCUGACAGAAGUAAAAUCUAUUUGAAAUUUAGAUACUUUGCCUCAUAACUGGAUUGAGUUAAAAACAGGAUUUUUUUUUAAGUAAAACCAAAACUUUGAUUAGCUUCUGAAUAAAGUGCAACUUCCUAAAGUUAAAAAAAAAAAA